AUGAUUAUUGCACUGAGCGCCCAUGAAGAGUUCGAAAGGACUAUCUUCGGCUAUGGAUUUGUUAAGAAAAGAACAGUUCAAGCCGGGUCUCUUACGUCAUAUGCGUUUGAUGGUAAAAGACUAGUGGCUUACACCGCAGAAAGAGUUCAAAACCGUCGACAGUACGUUUAUUUCCAGCAGAAUAACCAAGUGCACCGAGCCGAAUUCGAGUCGGCCUGGAUAGAUGCAUGCUUGCGAGAGAGAUCGACCCAGCGAAGUUAUCGAGUUCGGUUUACGUAUAUCUCCAACGGAACACUCCAGGGUCGGAUUUUCUAUCUGGAGUCGGCCAAUGGAAUCAAAAUUAUGAGUGCCGUUGAAGGAAUAGACCAUGCUAGUGAGAUUUUUGAAGAAGUGCCUGUAGAGAAAGAAGGUCCGCCGGCCGGUAUUAGUGCUGAGUCCUUCUUCGCCUAUCUCUUUUUCAAAUACACCUCACAGAAAUAA